GCCGUUUUUACAAUUUUGCUGAUUCGGAAUUUCGGAUUUUGGAACAAUUUGUUUUUAACAGUGGAUCCAGCUAGUGACGCUAGUCCAGAUUUUUUUGUACGUCUCCUGUUUAUUGUUAGACUGUUCUCCUUUGAACUGUCAGUUUUUAUAUUUUUGGCGUAGAAUACUGGAGUGAUAUUGAAGUUGGACUAAAGAAACGUUUUCUGUCCCUGUUAUCAGCGUUAUCAUCCGUUGAAAUUGGUUGUAAUCGGAGGGCCAUACUUUAAAUUACUUUUUAUCUGUCUACUUUAACAGCGACUCCUUCUCAAUCUUUAAAUGCCGGAUACGAAGUUGUACGAUAUUUUGGGUUUGGAGAAAGGGGCUUCGGAGGAUGACAUCAAGAAGGCGUACCGUCGUCUAGCUCGCGAAUACCAUCCAGACAAGAAUCCUAACGAACAGAAUGGAGAUAUGUUUAAGAAAAUCAGCUUCGCAUAUAAUGUGCUAUCGGAUCCCCAAAAACGUUCGGUGUACGACCGAUACGGACUGCAAGGUCUGCGAGAUGGUCUGUCAGAGGGAUUAUUUGGAGAGCCUCCGGGAACUCCCGAGCAGCAAUUAUUCGAAAGCGAAGAUAUCCUCUGCGACCUGUUGUUGGAUGUGACGCGCUCCAUGAAUAUGAAUUUUACCCAGACGGGUAUUCAGGAUCUGAUGGCCAGCGCAGCGCGCUUAUACGGUGCAUUGUAUCGUCGGGAUUUUAUCUCCAGUAUCAGCGAGACGGUGAAAUUAUCCGUGCAGAUCUAUAAAGCACUACCGGAUCGACGAUCGUCUCCUGGUGGUCGACGGGAUCGGAAUUUCCCUUGAAGUUUUCGGGGGAUGACAUUACCUUUUCGGUUCGAGUCUUUCCAGGAGUUUUCCUUAAAUUCUGCAAAGAUGUAUGGAGUAUUUUAAAUUCUCGCCAAAUACUGGAUACUAAAGAGUAAAGAUAUGAUCUUAUUACUUGGAUGUUAUGGAUUCUGCGUGGUGUCUUCCACAUCAGUUAUAACGUGGUUGUGAAUUAUGACAGUGGUUCGUUUAGAAUGGUGCCGGGAAAUGUAUUUUGUACCUCGUAUACCGUCGGCUUACUCAUUAAUCCUGUUGUUUCUUUGCAUGUUGUACUGCAGUACAACUGGACUGCAGUUAUUGUUUGGUGGAUUCCUGCGUCAGGGAUGCUUGUGUCCUUUGGUUUUGUUUUGCCAAAAAGAAAUUAUUACACGUACUUAUUCUCAAGUUUGAAGGCUGAUAACUUACAAGUUGCAAUGGAGCUGUAGAUCUCGUCGAUCCGGAGAUUUCAAUGAAGAACAUGGUC